AUGGAAAAAACCGAAUAUCGUGCAGUGAUAAAAUUCUUUGUUUUGGAAGGUUUAUCAGCAACAGAAAUUCAUACAAAAAUGGUGAAAGUGUUAAAGGAAUCUGCUCCUUCAUUUCCAACUGUGCAUCGAUGGGUUUUAGACUUUAAACGUGGUCGUACAAGCGUUGAAGAUGAACCACGUAGUGGACGUCCAAAAAGUGCAACAACACCAGAAAUCAUUGAGCAAGUCUAUGAUAUUGUUUGUAAAGAUCCAAGUUUAACUAAGCGUGAAAUUGCUGAUACCAUAGGCAUCUCAGAUGAACGAGUACUCCAUAUUUUACACGAAGAAUUACAUAUGAAAAAGCUGCUCGGAAAGUUAGUGCCGCAUUCGUUAACAAUUCAACAAAAACUGAAUCGAAAACAAAUUUCUCACCGUAAUUUGGAGCGUUUUAAGCAGAAUAAAACCGAUUUUGUGCGUCGUUUUAUAACUAUGGAUGAGACUUGGAUCUACCAUCAUGAUCCUAAACUGAAACAAGAACGUUUACAGUGGAUUGAAGCUGGUUCUUCAGCUCCAAAACAGGUGAAGUCAGAACGAUCGGCAAAAAAGGUUAUGGCAUCAGUUUUUUGGGAUGCAAAAGGGGUUUUGUUGAUUGAUUAUCUUGAAAAAGGUAAAACAAUUAACUCUGAAUAUUAUUGCAACCUUUUGGACCAGUUGGAUAAAAAAAUUGGUGAAAAAAGACCCGGUUUACAGAAGAAAACAAUCAUUUUUCAUCAAGACAAUGCACGUGUUCACACAAGUUUUUUGACGAUGGUUAAAUUGAACGAAUUAAAGUACGAAUUGCUUGAACACCCACCGUAUUCACCAGAUUUGGCUCCCUCCGACUAUUACCUCUUCAGAAACUUGAAACAAUUCCUUCGUGGAAAGCGUUUUUCGUCGAAUGAAGAAGCUAUUGCAGCCGUGGAACAGUAUUUUGCAGAGCUUCCGGAAAAUCAUUACAGAGAUGGUAUAAAAUUAUUGGAGGAUCAUUGGAAUAAGUGUGUUCAAGUUGAGGGAGAUUAUAUUGAAUAA